AUCUUGAGUGGCUUCACUCAAGAUCUUGAAAUUUCUUAAUACAAGAUCUUGGCCAAGAUCUUGAGUGACAGAUUCAAGAAUCCAAGAUCUUGAAACAUCUUGGCUUACGCCACCCAAGAUCUUGAAACAUCUUGGCUUACGCCACCCAAGAUCUUGAAACAUCUUACAUGCACUCAACGCAUAACUGUUGUAUAGUCCUGGCUAGUUACAUUCGAAAUAAAUUCACUGUUCAAACAUUCCACACAAUUUCGUCAUUCUAAAACGACUGAGAAUUAUUUUCUAAUUAGUUAUCUUUUUAGAUGGCAACAAAACAAACAUUCGUAGAUUAUGGCUUGAAAGAAAAGUUAUUAAUGGGUAUUUAUGAAAAAGGUUGGAAAAGUCCAUUAUGCCUUCAAGAGGCGACUAUCAUGCCCACAUUAGCCGGUCGUGAUAUUCUUGUUCGUGCUAAAAACGGUAGUGGCAAAACAGGUGCGUACGCAAUACCAAUAUUAGAAAACAUCGAUAUCACCAAAGAUGAUCCACAAGCACUUGUAAUUGUUACAUAUGAACGAGCACUAUACGUUGGUCAAACAUCCCAACAAUUAUCAAAACAUCUUGGAAUAAAAAUAAUGAUAACCAGUGGUACACGUGUAGAAGAUUAUAUUAAACCUGUACAUGUAGUUAUUGUAGCUCCAAGUGCUGCUUUACACGAUUUAAUGGAUAAAAGUUUGUUACCUUUUUGUAAUAUGAUCAUUUUUGAUGGGAUAAGAAAAAAACUGGUCCUUCUUCCACAAUGAGAAAAAGAUUGUUUUCUUGUUUAGGCUCAGGAAUUAUUAACACAAGAUUUUCAUGCAUCGUAUGAAAAAUUUUCGCUCUUUCUAAGUAUAGACUUAUAAAUUUUGAGCCAGUUUUUUUGGAGAGCAGUUCACUAUUGUGAUCCAAAACUAAAAGUUGAAAUUUUAUUAAUGUAUCAGGU